AUGGCAAAAUCACUUUCACUUCGGUCGACCCUGAAGCUCAAGAGCGGAGCGGAGCUGCCACAACUUGGAUUCGGCGUCUGGGAUAGUCCAAAUCAUCUCACAACGAAGUCAUGCCUGGAGGCAUUGCAAGUUGGCUACCGUCACAUAGAUACCGCUCAAGUCUAUGGGAACGAAGCUGAGGUUGGCGAGGCCAUCAAGAAAUCCGACGUUCCACGCAAGGACCUCUUCAUCACAAGCAAAGUGCUUGCUGCUGAGGGAGAUGAGGAGGCAACCUACCAAAAGUGCCUGGAGAGCGUCAAGAAGAUCGAUGGCGACAAUGGCUAUCUGGACCUCUUGCUCAUCCACAAUGGGCAGGCUCAAGGUGCGAAGGGCAUCAAGGCUCUGUGGCCAGUCAUGGAGAAGCUACACCAGGAAGGCAAGCUGAAGUCCAUCGGUGUUAGCAAUACUGGCGUCGGACUUAUCGAAAGCAUGAAGGAAUAUGCGAAGGUCUGGCCGCCGCAUGUCAAUCAGCUCGAACUCCACCCAUGGUGCCAGCAGCGGGAAGUGGUAGACUAUUGCCACAAGAAUGGCAUCGCCGUCGAGGCAUACUGUCCGCUCGUACGAAACAAGAGGGCCGACGACAAGACUCUCAAGUCGAUCGCCGAGAAGCACGGCAAAUCGACAGCGCAGGUGUUGCUGAGGUACUGCUUGCAGAAGGCUUGGGCACCGCUGCCAAAGAGCGACAACCCAGACCGCAUCGCGCAGAACGCGAACAUCUACGAUUUUGCGCUGAGCGAUGAGGAUGUACAGAGUCUUGAUGAUGUGGGUGAGAAGGAAGCUGAGGCGUUGGUGGUGGCCGUGGACAACAAGAAGAUUUCGUAG